GUGCUGCCAGGAAGUUUGGUUUAGUGCUUUGAAUUUUUUGGCAAGUCAUUCUAGAUAGUUUUGGAUCUCUGAAUUACUUCUCCAAAAUAAUUUUUUGAAGAAAGACCUACUGUAUUGGCAAAUGAGGUCUGUGAUGCCGUGACGUUGAUGGUUUUUUUAUUGUCCUGUGUCUGGCUGGGAGAUUGUCUACAUGCCCAUGGCUUAAUCAAUUCUUCUCUCUUCUGCUGAGCAUCUUUUUGCUGAUUGCUAUUUGUCUGCUUACUGUAUACCUCCCACAGUCUUCCCAGAAAGUUAUUAAAGUGGCUCUACUGAGUUCCUUUGAAUAUUUUUUUUUUUAAAGAGAGAAGAUUGAAAUUCAUUUUGAAGCUAUGCUCUUGGUCUUGGAUUAGUCAUACUUUCAAGUUAUUUGGGCUGCAGCCAUCUCCUGUGACCUCUAAGAAGUGACCGAAAUGGGCUUGGAGAAGAAGUUCUUGCUUGUAUUAGGGGAGGGAGAAACCACUCAUUCAUUUAUGAAUUCUGAAGGAAUUUAAUUCUUAAGUAUAAAAUGUGGAGGGCUGAAUUUUGAUCUAUGUCCACCCUACCUCAGCUGCUUGAAAGUACUUAAUGAUCACAUGACCCUGGACAUGGAUGCUGUCUUGUCAGAUUUUGUCCGUUCCACAGGCGCAGAGCCUGGGCUGGCCCGAGAUCUCCUGGAAGGAAAGAAUUGGGACGUGAGUGCCGCCCUCAGUGAUUUUGAACAGCUACGUCAAGUCCAUGCUGGGAACCUGCCCCCACCCUUUAGUGAAGGGAGUGGUGGUUCCAGGACACCUGAGAAAGGGUUUUCGGAUAGAGAGUCUGCCCGCCCUCCCCGACCCACCCUGCAGCGUCAGGAUGACAUCGUUCAAGAAAAACGCCUGUCUAGGGGCAUCUCCCACGCCAGCUCCAGCAUUGUUUCCCUGGCCCGGUCCCAUGUCUCCUCCAAUGGUGGGGGUGGGGGGAGCAGUGAGCACCCCCUGGAAAUGCCCAUCUGUGCCUUCCAGCUUCCAGAUCUCACUGUGUACAAUGAAGACUUCCGCAGCUUCAUAGAGAGAGACCUUAUUGAACAGUCCAUGCUGGUUGCCUUGGAACAGGCAGGGCGUUUGAACUGGUGGGUGAGUGUGGACCCUACCUGCCAAAGGCUGCUUCCUUUGGCAACUACUGGGGAUGGAAACUGCCUCCUGCAUGCAGCCUCUCUGGGCAUGUGGGGUUUCCACGAUCGGGACCUGAUGCUGCGGAAAGCUUUGUAUGCACUGAUGGAGAAGGGAGCCGAGAAGGAGGCAUUAAAACGGCGCUGGAGGUGGCAGCAGACACAGCAGAACAAAGAGUCAGGGCUAGUGUACACAGAGGACGAAUGGCAGAAGGAAUGGAAUGAGCUGAUCAAGCUUGCCUCAAGUGAACCCCGCAUGCAUCUAGGUGCCAAUGGAGCCAACUGUGGUGGGGUGGAGAGUUCAGAGGAGCCUGUAUAUGAGAGCCUAGAAGAAUUCCACGUCUUUGUCCUUGCCCAUGUGCUUAGGAGGCCCAUAGUCGUCGUGGCCGACACCAUGCUGAGGGACUCUGGAGGGGAAGCGUUCGCUCCUAUUCCCUUUGGGGGAAUCUAUCUGCCCUUGGAGGUCCCAGCGAGCCAGUGUCACCGCUCCCCUCUGGUGCUUGCCUAUGAUCAGGCCCACUUCUCUGCACUUGUGUCCAUGGAACAGAAGGAGAACGCCAAGGACCAAGCUGUGAUCCCACUUAUAGAUUCAGAGCAUAAGCUGCUGCCCUUGCACUUUGCUGUGGACCCUGGAAAGGGCUGGGAGUGGGGCAAAGAUGACAGUGACAACGUCCGAUUGGCCAGUGUAAUCCUGUCCCUAGAGGUCAAAUUGCAUCUGCUGCAUGGCUACAUGAAUGUGAAGUGGAUCCCAGUGUCCUCCGACGCACAGGCUCCCCUGGCACAACCUGAGUCCCCCACAGCCUCAGCUGGAGAUGAGCCCCGGUCCACUCCUGAGUCUGGAGACUCAGACAAGGAGUCAGUUGGCAGCAGUUCUACGAGCAAUGAGGGCAGCAAGCGGAAAGAGAAGUCAAAGCGAGGUCGGGAGAAAGACAAGAAGAGAGCAGAUUCUGUGGCCAACAAACUGGGCAGCUUCGGCAAAACCUUGGGCAGCAAGCUCAAGAAGAACAUGGGAGGCCUGAUGCACAGCAAGGGCUCUAAGCCGGGAGGGGUGGGGACGGGGUCAGGGGUGAGCAGCGGCACCGAGACACUGGAGAAGAAGAAGAAGAACUCGCUGAAGAGCUGGAAGGGUGGCAAGGAGGAGGCAGUGGGGGAUGGGGCCGUGUCUGAGAAGCCCACGACUGAGUCUGUGGGUAACGGAGGGAGCAAGUACAGCCAGGAGGUGAUGCAGAGCUUGAGCAUUAUGAGGAUUGUGAUGCAAGGGGAGGGGAAGUUUAUUUUUGUUGGCACCCUGAAGAUGGGUCACCGUCAUCAGUACCAGGAGGAGAUGAUCCAGCGCUACCUUUCUGAUGCUGAGGAGAGAUUCCUGGCAGAGCAGAAGCAGAAGGAGGUGGAGAGGAAGAUCCUGAAUGGGGGGUUAGGGAGUGGGCCUCCUCCAGCCAAAAAGCCAGAGCCAGAUGGCGGGGAGGAGUUGCUGCCGGCACCCCCAGCAGAAUCCAAGCCAGUGGCGUUCUCUGCUGGCUAUCCUGGGGGCUUUACCAUCCCUCGCCCUGCUGGGGCUGGAGUCCACUGCCAGGAACCCCGGAGGCAGCUGGCAGGAGGUCCUUGUGGGGGGGGCCUACCACCCUAUGCCACCUUCCCCAGACAGUGCCCUCAAGGGCGACCCUACCCCCAUCAGGACUGCAUCCCGUCUCUGGAGCCAGGCAGCCACUCCAAGGACGGGCACAGGGGCGCACUGCUACCACCCCCCUUCCGCGUGGCUGAUUCCUAUAGCAACGGCUACAGAGAGCCCCCUGAGCCAGAUGGAUGGGCUGGAGGUCCCAGGGGGCUUCCUCCAACCCAGACCAAAUGCAAACAACCGAACUGCAGCUUCUAUGGACACCCGGAGACAAACAACUUCUGCUCCUGCUGUUACAGGGAAGAACUGCGGAGGAGGGAGCGUGAACCGGGUGGGGAGUUGCUGGUGCACAGGUUCUGAGGGGGAGCCCUGGAGGGCAAGGGGGGCUAAACAAAGAGAGUUAAGCUCAAAGAAUUAGCUCAUCAAGACCCAGCCCCCAUGCGGAUGGGGCAAAUGCAGUGAUGGUGGGAGCCUGGCUGGAAACUUUUGAAGUGUGUGUGCGCUGGAGAGCUGCCAGGCUGGGCAGAGCAGGUCAGGGCUGGACGGUGCCUGGAGGGCCUCGCUCAUCCUUCCUCAGUCCUGCUGGGACUGAGGAGGUACAAGGGGGAAAGGCGAUGCUUCUGUCUCAUAACUGCUUGGGUACACCCCAAGACCAAGGGAAACGAGGGGAAGGUUUAGUGUGUGGGGGUGGGGAGGCAGGCAGAGGUCUAGGGCAGGAGCAGCAAAGGAGGUUCUCAGUCAAUAAAAGAGAAAACAGACCAAAGUUCUUGGAGGUUGGAAAAAAGCACAUGACGGUGGAGUUGGGAGUGUGGAGGGAAACUGGGGAAUUAGAUUUGCUAUUGAAUUGAAUUAAGGUAGAAAUUAGGGUUGGAUCAAUUCUUCCUCCUGAAGGAUCUGGAAAGACAAGGCAGUAAUGUGUGCUCAAUGGGUGCUUAUUAGGAGGGGGGUUAGUUUACAUCCAUUUAUUGAGAUGGGAAAGGGAAGAAUUUAAAAGGGGAAUCCUUUUCCUCUCAAGUUUUAUUUCCUUCUAAACAGCCAUCUGUCAUCUGUUCUAGUUUGAGAGGAGAUUGCUGAUUGCCCUGUAUCUUUUGCUCAUCCUUUUUGAGGGCUGAGCUCAGCUAAGUUAAGAUUGUGAUUUUUUUUUUUUUAAUGACUUUAAUUUUAUUAAAAAAAAA